CCCCGGGGCCGGUGCGGAGGAGCCGCCGCCGGCUCCGAGCGGGGUCUGCGGGCUCCCCCCGCCCGGCGGGACCCCCGGGAUGGCCUCGGGCAAGGCGGCGGGGGAGCGGCGCUGGGAGCUGGUGCGCUGGUACGUGCGAGAGGGCCGCUUUCGCAUUGAGGAGAGGACGCUGACGGCUUUCCAGUGGCUCUACUCGCCCCACCAGCACCGCAUCGUCAGCCGCGCAGACCUGGGCUCCCCCAGCAGGAUCGACAAGAAAAUGCUGGCCAGCCUGAAGAUCAAGAAACAGGAGCUGCUGAACAGCACGGAUGUGACCGUCCCGGAGCGGCCCCUGUCACCCCCCCUGACGGCCCCACCGACCAUGAAGUCGGCAGAAUUCUUCGAAAUGCUGGAAAAAAUGCAGGCACCAAAACUGGAAGAACAGAGGUCUGGAAGCCAAAAACACAAGGAAGACUACAUCCCAUAUCCCAGCAUCGAUGAGAUCCUGGAGAAGGGUAGCCCAUACCCGCUGAUCAUCCUGCCCCAGUUUGGGGGAUACUGGAUAGAAGACCCAGAAAACCUUGGCACUCCCACCUCAUCUGACAGCAGCAUCUGCGAGGAGGAGGAGGAAAACCUCAGCCCCAGCACCUAUGGCUACAAGCUGGAGUGCAAGGGAGAGGCCAGAGCCUACCGCAAGCAUUUCCUGGGGAAGGAUCAUUUAAAUUUCUACUGUACAGCCAGCAGCCUUGGAAAUCUGAUCCUUUCUGUUAAAUGCGAGGAGACAGAUGGCACAGAAUAUUUAAGGGUUAUACUCAGGUCCAAAGUGAAGACAUUGCAUGAGAGGAUUCCACUGGCAGGAUUCAGCAAACUCCCGAGUAUCCCCCAGAUUGCAAAGGCCUUCUGUGACGAUGCCUCUGGGCUGAAGUUUAACCCGGUUCUCUACCCCAAGGCAUCCCAGAUGAUAGUGUCAUAUGAUGAGCAUGAGGUCAACAACACAUUCAAGUUCGGUGUGAUCUAUCAGAAGUUCAGGCAGACCCAAGAGGAGGAGCUGUUUGGCAAUAAUGAAGAGAGCACUGCCUUCAAGAACUUCUUAAGUUUUCUGGGAGACACCAUAACUCUCCAGGACUUCAAAGGUUUUCGAGGAGGCCUGGAUGUCAGCCAUGGGCAGACGGGAGUGGAGUCUGUGUACACGGUGUUCAGGGACAGGGAGAUAAUGUUUCAUGUCUCUACAAAGCUGCCUUUUACCGAAGGAGACACACAACAACUCCAGAGGAAGAGGCACAUUGGCAAUGACAUUGUGGCAAUUAUCUUCCAAGAGGAGAACACGCCAUUCGUCCCAGACAUGAUUGCCUCCAACUUCCUGCAUGCCUACAUUGUGGUGCAGGUGGAGAACCCCGAGGCGGAAAACGCGGCGUACAAGGUAUCAGUCACAGCCCGGGAAGACGUUCCCUCCUUUGGCCCACCCCUGCCGAGCCCUCCGGUGUUCCAGAAGAGCCCCGAGUUCCGUGAAUUCCUGCUGACCAAGCUCAUCAAUGCUGAGAACGCCUGCUGCAAGUCCGACAAGUUUGCAAAGCUGGAGGACCGGACUCGGGCCGCCUUGCUGGACAACCUUCACGACGAGCUCCACGGGCACACACAGACCAUGCUGGGGCUGGGGCCCGAGGAGGACAAGCUGGAGAAUGGGGGUCAUGGAGGCUUUCUGGAGUCUUUCAAGAGAGCCAUCCGGGUGCGCAGCCACUCCAUGGAGACGAUGGUGGGCAGCCAGAAGAAGCACCAUGGCAGUGGCAUCCCAGGCAGCCUCAGCGGGGGCAUUGCACACAACAGCGGCGAGGUGACCAAGACCACCUUCUCGCCCCCUGUCCCAGCUGUUGCUGCCAAGAACCAGUCCAGGAGCCCCAUCAAGCGCCGGUCAGGACUGUUCCCUCGCCUGCACACGACAUCGGAGAGCCAGGCAGAGAGCAGGACAAGGUGUGACAGUGUUUCUGGAGCCCAGAAGACACCAGAUUUGGGACAUUCUUCCCAAGAGAUGAAAUCUGAAACCUCAUCCAACCCCAGCUCCCCUGAAAUAUGCCCCAACAAAGACAGGCCUUUUAUCAAGCUGAAAGAGAACGGGCGGUCGAACAUCUCCCGUUCCUCCUCCAGCACCAGCAGCUUCAGCAGCACGGCGGGAGAGAGCGAGACCCUGGAGGACUACGACAGCGUGGGAAGCCAGCCCUCCACCGCGUCCCCCUUCAAGCAGGAGGUGUUUGUCUACAGCGCUUCGCCCGGCAGUGAGAGCCCCGGCGUGGGGGCCACGGCCACCCCUGUCAUCAUGAGCAGGAGCCCCACAGCAGAUCUAAAGAACAGAAAUUCUCCAAGGUCCAACCUGAAGUUUCGCUUUGACAAGCUCAGCCAUGGCAGCUCCAGCAUGAGCCACUAGCAGGAGGAAGUCAUGAACUUGUCACAGGAUGUUUCAACAAAGGGAAAAAUCUUCAACACCCCAUGGGACCACGCACGCCCCGGCCACGGGCAGCGAGGUGCCCUCGCCUGCUACACCAGAAAAGAGCUCUCACCUUGCUGCAGUCCUGUCCUGACAGGGACCAGCCACCUCUCACCCGGUGUCCCCCUGUCCCGCACACGCCCUGCGCCCCCGCUCUGCGUGCAGGAGGGGAGUGUCCCUGCCUGUGCUGCACACACGUGGCCAGGGCCACGUCCCCUUCUGGUGCUCUGCUGGCUCACCCUGGGGUUGCCCACAGGUGCUGCAGCUGGUGGGCACCGUCCAUUCCCUGAUCCCUGGGUUGCCUGGCAGCUCCUUUUGGGCAGAGGGGCAGCAGGAGAGACCUCCACAUAGUUUAGGUCCCUCCAUGCUUUAUUUGCAGUUAUCAGUGGGGAAACAGGGGUUUAUGUUUGUUUUUUGAAGGGUGGGGUUCAGGCCAAAGUUAGGUGUUAGUGGCUCUGGGGCAGUUUGCCCUCCACCAUCGUUUGCUGUUGCUCUUCUCUGGGGACAGUUGGGCAAAACCUCCCUGGGGGGGUCCUGGGCAGCUCUCCCUGGAGUGGGGUCUGCAGUGUGUCUCCAGCCAUCCCCCAGCUCCUACCUAGACCCCAAAACUCUUAGGGCAGAGGCAGCCUCCCGCUCCAAACUUGCUCAGUUUCUUGCACAAGAGGCAGGUGAGUGACGUGGCCCAGGGAGUGGAGCUGGGGACAGCAGCCAGCUCAUCCUCCUUGGCAGGUUCAUCCUCCCUGCUUUGUCCCUGCCUGAGCACAGGCCUGGAAAGGUGACUCAAAGCUAAAGCUGUGCUGUAUUAUAGAGCUUUAGCUUUUCUAAGUACUAGAACAGGAACCAGAGGGGAUUUACCUGGUGGGCUCUGCUUUGCCCUGUGGCUUGGAUCACCAGGCAAGCAAAUGCAUAAAACUCUGGUGAUUUGUGAGGCAUUAGGCUGCUCCAGCCCUUACAGAGUUUGUCCUGCUGCUUUUGAGCAAGCUCUUGUAAUUCUGAAAGGAUUAUAAAUUCUGCAAGGUAACUUUCCCAUAAUGCCCUUCCCCAGAAAAUACCUCUUUCAACAUGCCAAGAAAUCCUUUUGCUCUUUUAUGGAACUUCAUGUGAAGUUUCCUGAAGCCUGUCCGUAAAUUUCACAUUGCUCAUAGAUUUCCCUUACCCAUUUUCUGGAAGACAGGCCAUGAUGCUGCAGAGAUAUUCCCCCCCGUCCCCCCAGCCUGUGACCUUUGGACACCCUCAUGAAAUCAGAUUCUCAGUCUCAAGUGAACGCAGUUCUUCAAGUUUGUGAUUCCUACUGAAAAGAGGACUUUGAGUGCCAAAGUCACCUUCCCCCAGUGGAUGCUCCAAGAGGCACAAAGUACCUGACAGUUUCAGGAGCGGGGGCAGAACUGUACUCUUGGAGCAGCCCUGGGGCUGCUCCUGCUCCCCUCUCGCUGGGGCAAGUGCUUAUAGGAUUCAACCAUCACCUGCCCUCCUCCCUGUCAUCUCCCCGGGCCAGAGAUGAGCCAAGGCAAGCAGAACGUGCUCUGCUGACCCUGCUCCUGCAGGGAGGUGCUCUCCGAGAGCCUUACGAUCCGGUUCACAAAGGUGCUCUGCUCGUGCUGGAAUUAAUCCAUGCGGGAAGGCUGUAGCUAUGAUGGGAGGGGAACCAGGUUAAAGAAGGAGAACAGUUGUGAAAAGGCAGGGAACAGUUUCACCGGCCCUAAGUGCUGUGUAGGACUAGUAAAUAUCAAUAAGUCCCAUGGGGAUGCUCCCUCCUGCUCCCAGCCAGUUGCAUUUCAAUAGAGUUUAAGUCUUGAGUUUCCUUUGGAAGAGGAGCAUGCAGUGUGCUCAGCCCAGCCUGUAGCUGUAGGUGUCUCAGGAUCACACACUUUGCUGUUCAGCACUUGUCUGAUGAUGCUUCAGUAGCACUUUCAAACCUACCCCCAAUUCUCCUCUUAGAAGCUUUGGUCUGGUUUCCUGAGGCUGCAGGGUGAAACAGUGACUGGUGCAAUGACUUGCUCCCAGGGUCUGCUCUGGGUUUGCUUUUUCCUCUGAGAAGUCACUCGGUUCUGUAGAUGUCGUCAUUCCUGUGGGUGCUGAUCUCCGUGAGAUCUUUCAGCAGAUGAUGCAGUGGCUACUGUCAGCUGGUUUACCAUUUUUGGUUGUUUUGUUGCCUUUUUUUUUUUUUCUCUUGAAACUGUGUCUUUCCUUUUUGACCUAGAUUGAUUUGGGAAUUAUUCAGAUGGGACUAGCAGAACAGCGUGAAGCCUCAGGGAGAGUUGCAGUGCUCUGGACUUGUCUCUCCUGCCAGCCCGCGGAGCAGUGGUGGGGCCGGGGUCUGGCACGAGGUCUGCCAGCAGCUCCUGCGGGACAUUUCCAGCAGCACUCCUCGCCAGGGGCCGAAAACCCGCUGUGCAUCCUCACCAGCAGCCGGGCUUUGGCUGCUGCGGUCCCGGCCGGGCUCCAGCAGCUGCCCGUGCCGGCCCGCCCCUCCACCCCGGCGCAGCCUGGCUUGUCCCGGGGCGCUUCUGGGGCUGAGCUGUGCUUGUGCUACAUCCCGGGAACUCCUGCACUUCCAGCGGGUGGAGGUGUUCCUGUAUAUAUUUUGCAAAAUGCUUUGUGCUUAUAAGUGACACUUACACGUCUAUACAUAUAUAAAAGGGAUAUAUAUAUAUAUAUAUAUGUAUAAAAUAUAUAUAUUUAUAUAUAUAUAUAUAAAGGAAAGGAUCCUUAACUGACACUAGAAUUACUGGGCAGUGCAUUUUCCUUUCUGAUUCCACUGUUUCCAUGCACACAACUUCUGCCGUCCUCAGAAGUGACAUUGCAGAGGGAGCAGAGGGGCUCAGGAACGCCUUAGGGGGGUGAUGGGGAAGCCCCCGCUGUGGGGAGGGGUCUCUGUUGCUGGGGGUGCUCCCCUCUGCCGGGGUUUGGGUCCCUGCCUGCUCGUGCUGCAGCCGCUCGGCUCAGCUCAGGUGCCGCUGCACAUCUGGUGCCGCUGCACAUCUGGUGCUGCUGCACAUCUGGUGCCGCUGGCUCCGGGAGAGGGCCGGGACCCUUCCCCUCCAUUGGGGGCUGCUGUGCAGCUGCUCCGGGCUGGCAGAGCAGCUGCUCUGGCUCGGCUCCCGUUCAGGAAAGCAUUUGGCACAUGCAUCUUCCUGAAACCCCACAGAGCCAAAGCACAACACAGAGGUGCUUUUUUCUGAGGGAAGCAGGGGAUCCUAAGCACAAACUCAGUUUCUUUCCAGAGUUUUGAGGGUCUUCAAGAACGGCAGGUGAGGGGCCUAGAGAUGUUUGUGCCGCCAAGGGGCUGUGCCUGGGGCUGGGAUCUCGUGGCUGCGGGAGGUGCUCGGUGCUGGUACCAUCCCCAGAGCCAGGGCAGAGCCCGGCACCUCUGCAGGUCCCACCUCCGCUCUCGCUGCUCCGCUGCCGCUCCAGCCCCCGCCCCCAGCCCCAGCAUGCUUUCAUCGCCUUCAAUGAAUGUAGCACUGCGUACGUCCUGCAAAGGGAAAUGCUGGAUUUAUAGCAGAGAAUGUGAAGAGAGUUUACAGAGAGAAAAUGAAUCUUGAAGAAAUGUAUCUGACAAAGUUUAUUUUUGAUGUAGAGAGGCAGUGCUUUGUAGUUUCUGGUGACCUAUGUCUGUUGUAAAUAAUGUAUAUUUAAUUUAUUGCUAUGGUAGCAGAUUGUUAUGUAUAAAACUAAAGGUUCACAAAUGUAUAUUUUGUUGCUUAAAUGUGUCUUUGCAAAAUUCACAAUAAAUAACAUAUUUUGUGUCCGUA